GCCGCCUGCACGAAUUGGGGUUUCUGAGUGAAACUCGGCAGCCAUAAUCAAACAAAAGUGUUUUCUACGAAAUGAUGGACAUUUGACGUUUUUAUUUAGUUUUGCGGUGGUGAUUGUUUACAAAAAUUAUACAAAUGAGCGCUAAAUUAGACGUAAACAGACGUGUCCUAGCUAUCCAAGCUAAAAAGAAGAGACACAAGCCUGGCAAAAAGAAAGGAAAAAACGAAAUGAAUGGUCACGGUGGAGAAAAUCGUAAUAAUUCGAAUUAUUCGAAGAAUGAACCUUCGCACAGUUCAAGUAAUGAAACCAUCGAGGAUCCGGACGAUCCUUAUACAAGCGAGGAGGAAGAACAGGAAGAUAGCACCGAUUAUCGUAAGGGAGGUUACCAUCCUGUCAAAAUCGGCGACCUGUUUCUUAGCCGAUAUCAUGUAACGCGAAAAUUAGGUUGGGGUCAUUUUUCCACAGUAUGGUUGUGUUGGGAUCUGGAGGAUAAGAGAUUUGUGGCUCUAAAGAUAGUUAAAUCGGCGGAUCAUUUCACUGAAACAGCGUUGGAUGAAAUAAAAAUACUAAAAUCUGUGAGAGAAUCAGAUCCUUCGGACCCCAAACGAAACAAAACCGUUCAACUCCUAAAUGACUUCAAGAUAAGUGGCGUGAAUGGCGUACAUGUCUGUAUGGUAUUUGAAGUCCUUGGACAUCACUUACUGAAACUAAUCAUCAAAUCAAACUACCGAGGUAUUCCUCUGUCAAACGUACGUACCAUUAUGCGUCAAGUUUUAGAAGGAUUAGACUAUCUACAUACCAAGUGCAAAAUUAUUCACACAGACAUAAAACCUGAAAAUGUCCUGAUAUGUAUAUCAGAAGAAGCUAUUCGGCGUUUAGCCUGCGAAGCAGCCGAGAUGCACCAACUAGGACUGAAAUUGCCAACAUCACUCGUAAGCACUGCACCUGUAAUGGAACCUCAACAAACCAAGAUGAGCAAGAAUAAGAAAAAGAAACUGAAGAAGAAAGCCAAAAGGCAGAACGAAUUACUUAAACGACAAAUGGAACAGAUUAUCGAAAUCGAGGAGCAGAAGAAAGUAAAAGAAAACGGUGAUGUAAACAUUAACGGUGAUAGUAAGUGUAAUGGCAACACCCCCAGCCCAGAAACCACUCCAGAAGUCGAGAACAAAUUAGCAAACGGUUGUGUAGAAGAACUAGGGGGUGCGGGCGAAGUUCCCCCUUCCGUGUGUGACAAUAAUGUCAGUGUUGCUGUUGCCGAGCCAGUGAUGCACAUGUCAGAAGACGACUCGCCUUCCUUAACCUCGAAAAGUGAGAACAAAGUCGAGUUAGACCCUGCCUUCGUACAGUGCGAUUUUGAAGUUAAAAUCGCCGAUCUUGGAAAUGCUUGUUGGGUAGACAAACAUUUCACGGAAGAUAUCCAAACUAGGCAGUACCGUUCCCUCGAGGUCCUGCUGGGCUCCGGUUACAACACCUCCGCCGAUAUAUGGAGCACGGCUUGUAUGGCGUUCGAAUUAGCAACUGGGGAUUACUUAUUCGAACCGCACUCCGGCGAAGACUACUGCAGAGACGAAGACCACUUAGCACAUAUAAUCGAGUUACUAGGGAAUAUACCGAGAAGGAUCGCCCAGAGUGGCAAGAACUCGAAGCUGUUCUUCAACAAGAAGAACGAGCUACGCCACAUCACGGGCUUGAAGCCUUGGGGUUUGGAAGAUGUGUUAACCGAGAAAUACGACUGGAGCAGACAGGACGCCGAGGACUUUGCCGCUUUCCUGAAGCCCAUGUUGGAUUUCGAUCCCGACAGGCGUGCCACGGCCGCCGAGUGUCUCCAGCAUCCGUGGUUGAGCAAGUGAGCCCCCCAGCUCUCUAUAGAGGGCGAUCACCCCAUGUAAUAUAGUUGAAAACGGAAAUUUUUAGUUGAAGAAAAAA